GAUCUUCAUGUGUCGCAGGGAGCCGUGGACAGCUCAGUGGACAUGGACCGUCUGAACAGGAACAUGCCCGAGUGUGGACGGCAAACCCACCAGGUGUUACAGAGCACCCCACUGGACCUAAUUGAGACCGGAAAGGGGCUGAAGUUUCAGGCGGAGCGCCCCCACCUGGUCAGUUUGGGUAGUGGACGCCUGAGCACUGCUAUCACCCUGCUGCCCCUGCCUGAGGGCCAGACCACUCUGGGUCGUGGUCCCAUGGACAUCAACCUCCAGGGCCCCGGGGUGGCUGCCCAGCACUGUUACAUAGAGAACAGGUCAGGGGUCAUCAUGCUGCACCCCUGUGGUAACCUCUGCGCCAUAGACGGUCUCCAGGUCAUGCAGCCCGUCCGCCUGUCACAAGGCUGCAUGCUGUGUUUUGGCCAAUCAAACUUCUUUCGCUUCAACCACCCCGAAGAAGCCUUCAGAAUGAAGAGCAUGAUGCCCCAGGGAGGAAGCGUCUCCACGGGGGACUACAGAAUGCGUGCAGACACAGAGAGCUUCGUCAAUGGGAAUCACCAGUCCAGUCCCGGCAAGUCGCCCUCAGCUCCUGGAGAGAGAAACCAGUCUGAGCAUAGUGCAAUCGUCAGCUCAAUUGAGAAGGACCUCCAGGAUAUCAUGGACUCCCUAGUCAUGGAUGACCCUCAGUCUUCUUCCUUGGAGGCCAAAAACCCUCCUGGAGGCCAAUCGAUUCCUCACUCGCCUCUGUCACCCAUGGUUAAUGGGGGAGGACGGUAUCUGCUGUCCCCUCCUACCAGCCCGGGGGCCAUGUCUGUGGGGUCCAGCUAUGAGAACAAUUCCCCUCCCUUUUCCCCCCUCUCCUCACCCUCAGCAGCCAGCAGUGGGAGCUUUACCAGCCCAUCUCCUAGUGGAGGACCCCAGGACCAGAGUUAUUCUCUGCCACCAGUGCCUGUACGCUCCUCUAGCUACAAUUUCACCUCCCAGCCUCCACCUUUACCCCAGCCACGGACCAUUUUGCCUAGCUUUAGCAGCGGGGGGGCUGGUCAGAAGGUUCAGGAAAGCCCCAGGCUGCAAAGGAAGGUCCUAGCAGAAGCUCCUCCGAGCCCCAAGCCAACUCGCAGAGGACUAGGCCAAGAUGGCUCUGAAAGCCCUCGACAGAUGUCCCUGCUGUCCUCUUGUGAAUCUCUCAAUAGUAGAAACAUUGUGCCGAGUAGCCCCAGACUCACUCCUAAAUUCCCUACCUGUUCGUCCCCAUCUCCCUCUAGUCCCAGGACCAAGUCAACGACGGUGCUCCAUGAAAGACCUGCCAGCCCCUUUAGAGAGCAGACCACUUUAGCUGAUCGCUCCCUCACCUCUAGCCCUUCCAGGCAGCUUUCCCAACCCAUCAGAACCUUCCAGCCUCCUUUGGACCCCAUUGUGCAUGUCAUCCAAGGUUCUCCGCUUCAGCAACAUCCACGUUCACUGCAGCCCCCUGAGAGCCCUCGCAUGGCCCGGAGGAACCUGGAGCUGAAUGGUGGGAGCGGAGCAAGCAACACUAUGAGAGAGCUGCCUCCUCUCAGCCCCUCCAUGGCCCGGAGAGGGGUCCCAGUACUCCCAGGAGCGCUACCAGGGACAAUCCCUUCCUUGAGGACCCCAGAUAGUCCCUCAGGUCUUUGCAAGCUUGUCCCAGAGAGUCCAAGGCUCAGACGGAAGAGUGGAUCUACAUCUGAGGAGCAGAUGUGCACCAGGGGAGUCAGAGCCCGCAGUCCAUCCCCCACCUCUAUGAUGAUGGAGGGCAGUGGUAGUUGUGCGGGGGUACGGAAGGCGAGCGUGGGGAAUACCCUCUCUCCUGCUUACAGUCUGGGCUCCCUGCCUGGCUCUUCCCCUGCUGCCAGUCCCAGGACCCACAGGAAGAUGUCUUCAGGGAGACCUCACCCUGGGAUGAGGGAGAGGAAGAACAGCAUCACCGAAAUCAGCGACAACGAGGAUGAGCUGUUGGAGUACCACCGACGACAGAGAGAGGAGAGGCUUCGAGAGCAGGAAAUGGAGAGACUGGAGAGACAGAGACUAGAGACCAUCCUGAACCUCUGUGCAGAGUACAACAAAGGAGAGGGCACCGGUCUGGACCCUCUCGGCCUGGGUAGGACGGGUUUCCCUGGGGGGCUGGCUGAUGGCUCUGGGCAGAGAACAUCCGUGGAGAAUGUCCACGGAGGGACACCUUCCUCAGCUGCACUACGCCUGGCACAGAGAAUGAGGGAGAGCGACGAGGAGAAUCUGAAGGAGGAGUGUAGUAGUACAGAGAGCACUCAUCAGGAGGUGAGGGCAUCUCCUGCUGCCAGCACAGCAUCAGCACUGCACAAUGGAGACAGACAGCACGAGGACUCAUCCAGCACCACUCGUCUGGAGCUGGGCUACCUGGUGGAGGAGCGGGUUCGCGUUCUUUCUCGGAUCGAUGAGCUCAAAACCAGACUGACAGAGCUGGAGCAGCAACUCCAGGAGUCUAAACAAGAGGCCGAGAUGGAGCGUGCUUUGCUGCAGGGCGAGAGGCAGGCGGAGCACGACCAGAUAGAGGCUGAAACGGACAUAGUCACUCAGCUACAGCGCAAACUGGAUGAGCUGGAGAGCGCCAUCCAGAGGGAGAAAGACAAGGAGAGGGCUAAUGUUGAGGCCGAGCGUCGGGCCCUGCAGAGCCUCCAGGAGGGCUACGCUGAGCUGAAGAACCAGCUUCAUAACUGUCCCGAGUCCCUGCGGGAACAGUUGCAGGAACAGCUCAAAAGGGAUGGAGAGGUGCUGGAAGCAGGAACCAAAAAGUUUGAGGACCUGGAGUUUCAGCAGCUGGAGAGAGAGAGCAGCCUGGAGGAGGAGAGAGAAACCAUCAGCCAGCAGCUGCUCCAGGAGAGAGCGGAGUACCACAGCAGCGUGGCCAAGAGGAAGGAGAAGGUGUCUGCUUUAGAGAACCAGGCCAACCAGCUCAGCCUACAGGCAUCUCAGGAGUGUGAGCGUUUGGCUAAAGACAGAGGCCUCGCACUACAAAUGCUCCAAAAGGAGAAGGAGAGACUGUCAGCGCUGGAGAAGAGAUACCAUAACCUGACUGGAGGAAAGAGCUUCCCCAAGUCCUCCACUGCGAUGAGAGAGGAAAUGCUCCAAAUCAGCGAGGCUGACCUGUUGUCGGAGGAUGUCCUCUCCUCCCAGCAUUCCCUCUGUCAAGCCUCUCCUCCCUACUUACAUCCCUCCCCUCCCUCUCAGUUGUACCCCGGCAGCCCAACGGAGGAGUAUAUGAAGCUGUCGGACGUUUAUAAGAUGUACGGCGGUGGCAGCCGCCACGGCAGCAGCAAGUCCGUCUCACACGACCAAGUGUUUGCCAUAGAUGCUACAUUAGCUGGCGCCGGCGAGGAGUAUGUGACGGUGGGCCAGUUAAGUCAGAUGUAUGGGAUGCCAAAGGUGGAGUCGUCCCCUACCUCCCCGCUUCGCCAGCCCCUGCAGUCUGGAGGGGUAGACCCCGCCUUCUCCUGCCUCCCCUCUCCUCAUGGCUCCUCCCUGUCUCUCUCUGUGGAGUACCAGUCUGAGGGCAGCAGGCAACACCUGCCCAAGCUAGAUUUAGAGCAGUGGUACCAGGAGGUGAUGACUGACUCCAGCCAGCUAUGUUCUCCCCCUCUGCCAUCCAAGUCUCUCUCCGGCCGCAGGCCUGUGCUGCAGGUGUUCCGCUCCAAGCUGGACAGUGAUCCAGGCCUUUCUCUCCAUCAGCCCAAGUCUGGCUCCGCCUCCCCCCCGCAGCAUGGAGCAGCGACGCUGGGACGCAACACCAGCUCCAGGAGCCCCCUGCUGGUGGCCAACAGCACCGGCAGUCUGCCCAGGAACCUGGCUGCGACGCUGCAGGACAUAGAGACCAAGAGACAGCUCGCUCUGCAGCAGAAAGGUCAUCAGGUGAUCGAGGACCAGCGCCGGCGCCUGGCCGAGCUCAAGCAGCGAGCGGCGGUGGAGGCUCAGUGCCAGUGGGAGGCGCUCCACGGCUCUCAGCCCCACCUCAUGUCCGCGUCCUCCUCGUCGCCCUCCUACUCCCCCGUCAUGACCUACAGCCCCACGCUGAGCCACAGCUCUGGGGGGCUCCCGCCUCUGGUUCACCACUCCAUCCUGCACCACCAUCCCCCGUCAGCCGGAGAGCAGCCCUACGACACCCUGAGCCUGGAGAGCUCGGACAGCAUGGACACCAGCAUAUCCACGGGGAACAACUCGGCCUGCUCGCCAGAUAACAUGUCCAGUGUUGGAGGAGUGGACACCCUGAAGAUAGAGGAGAUGGAGAAAAUGCUGAAGGAGGCGCACCUGGAGAAAGCCAGACUUAUUGAAUCGCGGGAGCGAGAGAGCCUGGUUCGCCGUCAGAUGCUGGAGGAGGAGAGGAGGAGGAGGGAGGAUGCAGAGAAAAGGCUGCAGGAUGAAACUUUCCACCGGCAGCAGCUUGUGGAGAAGGAGGUCAAGAUGAGGGCCAAGAACUUCUCUCAGGCCCGUCCGAUGACGCGCUACCUGCCCAUCAGGAAGGAGGAGUUCGACCUGCGCUCUCACGUGGAGUCGUCGGGCCACAGCGUGGACACCUGCUACCACGUCAUCCUCACUGAGAAGAUGUGCAAGGGCUACCUGGUCAAGAUGGGGGGCAAGAUAAAGUCCUGGAAGAAACGCUGGUUCGUCUUCGACCGCCUCAAGAGGACCCUCUCCUACUAUGUUGAUAAACAUGAGACCAAACUGAAGGGUGUGAUCUACUUCCAGGCGAUAGAAGAGGUCUACUACGAUCACCUCCGCAGUGCCACAAAGAGCCCCAACACCUCGCUGACCUUCUGCGUGAAGACCCACGACCGGCUCUACUACAUGGUGGCCCCCUCAGCAGAGGCCAUGAGGAUCUGGAUGGAUGUUAUCGUCACAGGAGCCGAGGGCUACACACAGUUCAUGAACUAAGGGACACGUGGCCCAGUGGUCAGAGUACAGGUGAUGAGCAAACAGUUUCGGCAGGGACAGACUCUACAGGCCCUCCCUGUUCCAUGUCCACGGCAGACACAGCGCCUUGUCUGUCACUCAUAUCUAAUCUCACAGUUUGAUUUUACCAUGUAGAUGUUCACCUCAACAUUUUCUAUGUCGUUCUGUUUGGAUUUAAAAAGGGAGCCCUUGAAGGACACGCACACACCUACACACACUAUUGUAUAUAAACCAAAAUGUAUACCUGUCAGACGUUUCAAAAGCCUUUCUAUAUUGCCAAAUGGAGAUCUUCUAGUUACCGUUUGUUGAACCUUUUGUAUUAUUUGUUUCGUUUUACUCUUCUUUUUUUUUAACUUUUUGAGAAAAUUGCCAAAUGACAUAAUGCCAAUGUUUUGUCUGUUCCAUCACGACUAUGCUGAGUUUAGACAAAACAAGAGUUUGAGAGGAUCAUCAUGGAGUGGAAGCGUUUAAAAAACAUAUAUUUGAAAGAGUUGUAUUCAAAAUGUUGUACAAAUCUAUAAAUUAUGAAAGAAAUCAGUCAGUCAGCUGGAGAUGAUCUACGAGUCCAGCGACACAGUGAAGCACUGCUUCCUCCAUGUGCACAGCGGUCACUUCACCCCACUGCUGCUCCUGUAGAUUGACAUGAAGUUCAGCUAUAAUGAAGGUAUCCGGAGAUUCACCCCAUUUAUUUUAUUUCACCUACAACAAAGUAAUUGGAGCCAUUUUGUUAGACUUGGACCCAGUACAGCUCAGGAGUUCAUGCUCUGGUUUUUCCAAUAUGGAGUUUGACAGAAGCCUGUGUGGAUUGUCGCAUUGAGGGAUAAAUGGUGCGCUCAUUUGCUUUCCAGAGGCACAAGACGGUUAGCUUAGCCUAGGAUGAAGUCUGGCUCUAAAACACACCAAUUAGCCUUAUAUUGGAAUAUUUGGACAGAGACAGACUAGGCUUUUCCACCUUUUCCUUUUUUGUUUUGAGCUAAUGCUAAUUGGCCGUUUGCAAAAGCACCAUAUUUAGCCAACACUCACACACAAGGGUUAUUAAUAUCUUAUUCUAAAGAAAGAAAAUUAGGGUGUUAUCCAAACAUGAAACUAAGGUGAGACACGCUUCAAUUGGAGCUGGAAUAUUCUCUAGAUUUUCCAUUGUUCUAAAAAUUUAAAUAAUUGAAAUAAUUUUGUUUUAAAAAAGUGGUCAAUCACGAGCCCGAGGAAUCAGCCGAGGUUGACUCCCCAAAAACACCAACAACUGUAUAUUGGUUAAACCAUAGCUGCCACAUUCUUGGUGUCCUUGUGAAAAUGUUGAACAGGAAUAUCCCAUUGUGUCUGUAUGACGCCAUCGUGUCACCACCUCCAGGUGCAAACUGCAUGUCCACGUGUGCACACAAACACACCUUAUAGAAGCUUGACUGUUUUCCAAGUAGCCUUUCACCAACUCGAUGCGACCACACAGCCGGGAUGCUGCCAUUAUCACUGCCAGCCUAAAGCAACAACCCCUAGAGGGCGCUACGGAGACCACGCUCACACAGGAGCGCACACGAUCACCAAUACGGACUAAUGCAAUUCAGAACUGUGCCUUGACUACGUGUCGUUACUGAUGUGUCUGAGUCCAGUACAGCCUCACUGGAAGGAUACAACCAUUUGAAUGCAUUAAAUGCAUUUCUGAGCUGUAAUGCUGUGUGGACAGAUACGCACAAGGUUAACUUCUUUAUAAUGGGAACGUCUCCCUGUAGCAUUACUACAGGCCGUGAUAUCAGAGGUGCUGAUCACAUUAGAGAUCAGCAUUCAUUUAAAGCCCUGAAUACACAAAAUGUGUUUUUAAAUGAGCAGUUCCCCAGUUUAAGUUAUCAUAAUCACUUACCAGCCAGGAGGAGUCCUGAUCAGUCUGAACAAACAGUUAACAUGACAGAUGUCAUCAGGGUUAUUUAUCAACUUCAGUCUGCUGCAAACUGGUGGUUUGAAGGAUGUGGUAGAUUGUUCUCUUGACCCAAAACAAAGACUAAAAGUCACCAGCUGGAAUGUGGAAAAGAACCAUAAACUUAAACAAAUAUUCCUAAUUUUUUACUUUCAUUAUUGCAGUUAACUCGUAACUUACUUUGCCUACUUUUUGUUAGCAAAAGACUGACUGUAUUAUUGGUAUAUUCCACAGGACAUUAUGUAAGUUUUUGUUUUACCUUAAAAACAACAAAUGAUCUUUAAUUUGCUGCAAAUACCAUCAGAGAAUAACUCUGCAAAUUGUCCCUCCCUGUUUUGAAUCCCCACUGUGAGCGGAGGCCUGCGUGCACGAGGACGGUUAAAAGAAGCCUUGCAUCUUCAGCUUUAACAGACUGUGACCGACGGAGCCCGCCCGGCACCACCAGGCGUCACGUUGGGUCUCGGUUUGAGGUGGGACAGAUCCCGGACGCUGUUUUCUGCUGUGUCGAAGCAGAGGACAGACCUGACGCUGUGAUUUAUGGAGCAUGUGGAACCUUUGUUGUGUUUCAUGUGUCGGUACAGUAAUGAUAAUUUAUGAUUGUGGUGCCUGAGGUAGUGACGUGUUUACUUCUAGAACAUGAAGUAGAAGACCUUAAUAUAUUCUGUCCCCCUUGCCUUUUUAACAUGUUCAAACCAAACUAUUCAACACUGGCAAGGCUGUUAAAUCAUGGCUGUUGAUAGUAGAUGGUAUAUACAUUACUGUUAUAUAUGUUGAAAAGAAAGGAAUCUAAAUAUACUGUAGAUGAUGCCUGAAUCAUAAAAACAUGAUCUUACUAUUGAAAUGAAACAGUAUUGUAUAAAAAAAAACAAGUACAAUUUUUACUUAUUUUUGUCAUUUUAGAAAUUUUAUUGUCAGUCAGUUACAUUUUAAAUUGUAUGGUAGUGAUGUAUCAAUCUACCUUUUUUUAUUACUGCUACAGCAGAACACAGAAUUACUCACUUAGCACUCAUGUGUCUGUACUUUUAUUUCUAGAAAGUAGUUCCUGUUUCAUACACACACACAUACACUCUACUCGGACCAUACUGUGUUCUUGGUACCCUGUAGGUCUCAUUUUCACUUUCAGGUAUGAAUAAUAUGGAUUUUGUCAAAUCUAUUAAAAACAGAGCUGUUACAGAG